CUGUUUGAGAUUUAGAUAGAAGUCUCACAGUGGCACUCAGCAUACCAAACUCUUUUCACUGGAGCAAGCGUCUACACCACUUCUGAUCAUCAUCACCACAGACCAGCAAUCAUACCCCUGGAAGAAAAUACAACGGAAUCACUUUAACGUGGUUGAUAGUCUGUGAAAUUGUAUUCGGUUGAACAGCGCACCCAUCAUUAAACACUGAUUGCAGGAAAUGGCAGGUGUUCAAAAACACAUCUCUCGGGCCUCCACCCCAGCCAUAUUCAGCAGCACCACCUUGUUAAAAAAUCCUGGUGAGAACCGUGCCAACGUUUUGACCUCAAGGCUGGAGCCCUUCUAAAUGACGUGCUGGAUACCAGACAUCCUUGGGAAAGGACAAACUCAAAGGCUUGACUGAAACCAUGUGCUGGUCUAAAAAAAUAUAUAUUUUUGAGGCUUUCCCUUGGCUAUGACCGUGAUGCUCCCUCACAAGGACAGUUUAUUACUUUGUUUAUAUAAUUAUUAAGAGGGAGAAUGAUGGAGGUGAGGAGGAUCUGUUGUAUUGGGGCUGGCUACGUGGGCGGUCCCACCUGCAGCGUCAUCGCACAGAUGUGCCCUGAAGUGACGGUUACCGUGGUUGACGUGAACGAGGACCGCAUCCGUGCCUGGAAUUCUGAUAGCCUUCCCAUCUUUGAGCUUGGACUCCAGGAAGUGGUGGAAUCAUGCCGUGGGGUCAACCUUUUCUUCUCCACAGACAUUGAUGAGGCCAUAAGAAAUGCAGACCUGGUCUUCAUAUCUGUCAAUACGCCUACCAAGACAUUUGGGAUUGGUAAGGGUCGAGCAGCGGACCUGAAGUACAUAGAAGCAUGUGCCCGGCGCAUUGCCGACGUCUCCAGUGGCUGUAAGAUUGUUGUGGAGAAAAGCACAGUUCCUGUACGUGCUGCUGAGAGCAUCCGCCGCAUCUUCAAUGCCAACACCAAGAGUAGCCUCAGCUUCCAGGUUCUCUCAAACCCAGAGUUUCUUGCUGAGGGAACAGCCAUCACUGAUCUGAAGAAUCCAGACAGGGUAUUGAUUGGGGGGGAUGAGACCCCUGAGGGCCAACAUGCUAUUCAGGCCUUGCGGAGCAUCUAUGAACACUGGGUCCCUAAGAACAAGAUCAUCACCACCAAUACCUGGUCCUCUGAGCUUUCCAAGCUGGCAGCCAAUGCCUUUCUUGCCCAACGUAUCAGUAGCAUCAACUCUAUCAGUGCCCUCUGUGAGGUAACCGGUGCUGAUGUGGAGGAGGUGGCGCAUGCCAUUGGGACAGACCAGAGAAUAGGCAGUCGCUUCCUGAAGGCCAGCGUAGGAUUUGGUGGCAGCUGUUUCCAGAAAGACGUUCUCAAUCUUGUGUACCUAUGCGAGGCGCUGAACUUACCCGAGGUUGCAAGAUACUGGCAACAGGUUAUAGAGAUAAACGACUACCAGCGAAAACGAUUCUCCUCACGGAUAAUCAACUGCCUCUUCAACACAGUGACAGACAAGAAGAUAGCCUUGCUCGGAUUCGCUUUCAAGAAAAACACUGGCGAUACAAGGGAAUCUUCUAGUAUCUACAUCAGUCGCUACCUGCUGGAGGAGGGAGCCUGUCUACACAUCUAUGACCCACAGGUUAAAGCUGAGCAGAUCAUGCAGGACCUGACUAAGCCCACACUCUCAGAAAGACAUGACACUGCCACAGUUUCUCGUCUAGUCACCAUCGUCACAGACCCAUACAAGGCUUGUGAGAAUGCCCAUGCAAUUGUGAUCUGCACAGAGUGGGAUAUGUUCACGGAGCUGGACUAUGAGAGGAUCCAUAAAGCCAUGCUGAAACCUGCCUUCAUCUUUGACGGCAGAAGGAUCUUGGACAGCUUGCACGACCAACUCCAGCAUAUUGGCUUCCAGGUGGAGACUAUUGGGAAAAGAGUUAACCAAAGAAUCCCUUUCACUGCCAGUGGUGACAGGUCUGAAAUGGACCAACCGCAAACAUUGAAGAAGAACAAACUGUGAAGUGUUCUUUACGGGACAGCAGCGUCAGAGCCGGCUCAAUGCAGUAGAAAAUUAAACCAAGUUAUAAUUUUGCUUUAAUAUUAAAAUCAGACAUUUCAGCACCCGCAUCAACUAGAUGGAAUGACUUCAAACAAAUAAUUAUGUUAGCUACAAUGAAAGAUAGGCCUGGAGAAUGUUUUGGUUAGGGUUCAAGACCUGGUUUGUCGGCUACAUGCGGCAACAAUAUCCCUCCAACCUUGUGCUUAAUUUCUUUGUUUUGUGCAUGUUGGACAACUACCAGGGUUUGGAUGUUUUACUUACACAAGGGGUAAAACAACUUAAACUGAUUUCAUAACUUUCUGUAUUUGCCCUUUCAAGUUUUCUGCCUAAAAGUAUUCCUGUAUGAAAGCAAUUUUUAAAGGACAGAUUCCAUUUUUCUUACUAAAGAUAAUGUAUUUAGUUUUUAUUCAUUUCAAAGCAAUUUUUAUACAAGAUGGUGCUAGUUGAAUGUGAACUUAAGCAUUGUGAACCCGAUAAUGCAAUAUUCUAAUUAUAUGUAUUAUCUUUAUGCAUGAACUCUGUAAAGUAAAACAUUUAUCUAUAGUUUUUACAUGCAGAAUAAAAAGCAUUUUUAGUAUCUGGAAUUUAAAAAAUGAUGAUUUGCAGGCCCAGAAUCAAUAGUACUGUACUACAAUUGUUACUUAAUCUCAAGUGUUGUGUACUAUGUAGUGGUGUUGCAAGGUUGCUCCACCUCCUUAUUAGUUAGAUGUCUCAUGGAUGGUCAGGCAUUCGCACGGUCAUUCUGUCAGCUAAUUCUAGGAAACUGGAAGACUUUCCUAUUGGAACUGCAUACCUCGGUCGACAUGCACUACUGGGUUCCCCGUGGAGCAGCCAUGGGGCAGUGGCUUUAUUUGACACAUGAUCCUAAUCCUCAACAUCUGUUCUGCUCUGACAUGCACUUUAGCAACAAGGCCCAAAUUAUGACACACAUGUAGUGCCUUCAGAAAGUAUUCAUACCCCUUGACUUAUACCACAUUUUGUUGGUGUUACAGCCUGAAUUCAAAAUGGAUUAAAUAUUUUUUUCCCUCACCUAUCUACACACAAUACCCCGUUAUGACAAAGUGAAAACAUGUUUUUAGAAUAUUUUUUUGCAAAUGUAUUUAAAAUGAAAUACAGAAAUAUGGAUGUAUUCACACCCCUUUGCUAUGGCACUCCAAAUUGAGCUCAGGUGCAUCCAAUUUUUUUUGAUCAUCCUUGGGAUGUUGCUACAACUUGAUUGGAGUCCAAUUCAAUUGUUUGGACAUGAUUUAGAAAGAAACACACCUGUCGCGCGGCAGGUAGCCUCAGGGUUAGAGCGUGGGCCUGUAACCAAAGGUUGUUGGUUCAAAUACUGGAGCUGACGAGGUCAAAAAUAUAUAACCUGUCACUGUGCCCUUGAGCAAGGCACUUAACCCUAAUUGCUCCAGGGGCACUGUACAAUGGGUACCCUUACUGUGACCCCACUCCCUGUGGGUGUCUCGGGGAGUUAGGAGGCGGGCAAAAAACAACAUUUAGAUUACACACUUGCCUGCAACAGGACAGAUAUAAGCACCCCCCAAAUUGUUAUUAUAUAGAAGGUCCCACAGUUGUCAUAGUAGAAACUAUACCAUAAAGUCCAAGGAACUGUAAGCAUAGUACCAGUCAAAAGUUUGGACACACCUACUCAUUCAAGGGUUUUUAUUUAUUUUGACUCUUUUCUACAUUGUAGAAUAAUAGUGGAGACAUCAAAACUAUCACAUAACACAUAUGUAAUCAUAGUAACCAAAAAAAAGUGUUAAACAAAUCAUUUAUUUGAGAUUCUUCAAAGUAGCCACCCUUUGCCUUGAUGACAGCUUUGCACACGCUUGUCAUUCUCCCAACCAGCUUCACCUGGAAUGCUUUUCCAACAGUCUUGAAAGAGUUCCCACAUAUGCUGAGCACUUGGUGGCUGCUUUUCCUUCACUUUGUGCCCCAAAUAAUCCCAAAUCAUCUCAAUUGGGUUGAGGUCAGGUGAUUGUGGAGGCCAGGUCAUCUGAUGCAGCUCUUCAUCACUCUCCUUCUUGGUCAAAUAGCCCUUACACAGCCUGGAUGUGUGUUGGGUCAUUGUCCUGUUGAAAAACAAAAUGAUAGUCCCACUAAGCUCAAACCAGAUGGGAUGGCGUAUCGCUGCAGAAUGCUGUGGUAGCCAUGCUGGUUAAGUGUGCCUUGAAUUCUGAAUAAAUCCCAGUGUCACCAGCAAAGCACCAUCACACCUCCUCCUCCAUGCUUCAUGGUGGUAACCACACAUGCGGAGAUAAUCCGUUCACAUACUCUGCGUUUCACAAAGGUUGGAACCAAAAAUCUCAAAUUUGGACUCAUCAGACCAAAGGACAGAUUUCCACCAGUCUAAUGUUCAUUGCUCGUGUUUCUUGGCCAAGCAAUUCACUUCUUAAUGGUGUUCUUUAGUAGUAGGUAUCUUUACAGCAAUUUGACCAUGAAGGCCUGAUUCACGCAGUCUCCUCUGAACAGUUGAUGUUGAGAUGUGUCUGUUACUUGAACUCUGUGAAGCAUUUAUUUGGGCUGCAAUUUCUGAGGCUAGUAACUCUAAUGAACUUAUUCUCUGCAGCAGAGGUAACUCUGGGUCUUCCUUUCCUGUGGUGGUCCUCAUGUGAGGCAGUUUCAUCAUAGCGCUUGAUGGUUUUUGCGACUGCACUUGAAGAAACUUUCAAAGUUCUUGAAAUUUUCCAGAUUGACUGACCUUCAUGUCUUAAAGUAAUGAUGGGCUGUAGUUUCUCUUUGCUUAUUUAAGCUGUUCUUGCCAUAAUAUGGACUUGGUCUUUUACCAAAUAGGGCUAUCUUGUGUAUACCACCCCUACCUUGUCACAACACAACUGAUUGGCUCAAAUGCAUUAAGGAAAGAAAUUCCACAAAUUAACUUUUAACAAGACACACCUGUUAAUUGAAAUGCAUUCCAGGUGACUACCCCAUGAAGCUGGUUGAGAGAAUGCCAAUAGUAUGCAAAGCUGUCAUCAAUAAAAAGGGUGACUACUUUGAAGAAUUUCAAAAAAUAAAAUAUAUUUUGAUUUGUUUGACACUUUUUUGGUUACUACAUGAUUCCCUAUGUGUUAUUUCCUUGUUUUGAUGUCUUCACUAUUAUUCUACAAUGUAGAAAAUAGUAAAAAAUAAAUAAAAAACCCUGAAUGAG